AUGGCGAAUCCGCUCUUCACCGGCCAAUGGCCCAUGACUUCCGAGGGCGAGGAGAUUCGCACGAUAUUUGUAACUGGCUUUCCCCCAGACGCCAAGGAGCGCGAGGUGCAGAACAUGCUGCGCUGGUGGCCGGGCUACGAGGCGUGCCAGCUCACCUUCAAGGGAGAUCAGCCAUUAGGGUUUGCCAUCUUCAGCACCCCUGCCAUGGCGUUUGCUGCUAGAGACGCACUUCAGGGCCUCAUAUUCGACGCGGAUCACAACUCGGUGCUGCGAGUGGAGCUGGCGAAAACCAAUCUGCACAGACGGAAAGGUCUACCUGGGGGAGGUGACGGCUACGACCACUCCAAGCGCUCGAGGGUGGAUCCGAUGGCUGCUUAUAUGCCCGGUGCUGCUGCUGCUGCUGCUAUGGGCAGCUUCAUGCCGGCAGCAUAUGACGCUUAUGCCUCCUCCUUCACACCCCUCCCUGCUGCUGCCCCCCCUGCUGCUCCCAAGACGUACACUCCCCUCCCUGCUCCGCCCUCGGGCAUGCCUGGAAAGAUAUACCGCGACAACCCCCCCUGCAACACGCUCUAUCUCGGAAACCUCGGCCCGGGAGUGAGCGAAGCCGAGCUGUUGCAGAUUUUCAGCGUGCAGCCUGGUUAUGUGCAGCUGAGGCUGCAUCGACAGGGAAUGAGCACUUGCUGUUUUGUUCAGUUCGUU